AAGCUGAGUGAUCAACUGCUUCUCACAUUCCAUCUCGUCUCCUUCUUGCCGGAAAAUUAUCGCCGAUUUACAGAGAGAUGUUUGCAGAAGAAAACGGUUUACAUGGAGACCCAAGAAUAAAGGCCAUCUCAGAUGCCAUAAGAGUCGUUCCCCACUUCCCUAAACCAGGAAUAAUGUUUCAAGAUAUAACAACGCUGUUGUUAGAUCAAAAGGCUUUUAAAUAUACCGUUGAUAUCUUUGUUGAUCGUUACAAAGAGAAGAAAAUUUCAGUUGUCGCCGGAGUUGAAGCUAGAGGAUUUAUAUUUGGCCCUCCAAUUGCAUUGGCUAUUGGUGCCAAAUUUGUUCCACUGCGCAAACCAAGAAAGUUGCCUGGUGAAGUAAUAUCUGAAGCAUAUGUGCUUGAGUAUGGCACAGAUUGUCUAGAGAUGCAUGUCGGGGCUGUUCAAGCUGGGGAAAGUGUGUUGAUUGUAGAUGAUCUAGUGGCUACAGGAGGGACCCUCUCAGCAGCCAUAAGGCUUUUAGAACGUGUUGGAGCUGAUGUCGUUGAAUGUGCAUGUGUUAUUGGAUUGCCACAGGUGAAGGGUAAUUGGACGCUAAAUGGGGUACCCCUCUACGUUCUUGUGGAACCUCGCCUAAAUGACCUGGAAUGUACUUUAUAAAAUGCUGCAAAACACAGCAACACUUGGGUUAAGAACAUCAAUUUUACUGCUUUGGAGUUUAGGAGUUGUGGCAAAGGACGAAUCUGUCCAUCCAUUGUCGCCUUUUAAGCUCCCCUACCGCCCCCGGAGCUUUCAGCAGUCUGAUGGUUUUCGUGUUACACAAUAGGGUCAUUUUGGAGAUGGUGGAUUCGUGUAAUUGUUAGGGUUUUUUUUUGGCUUAUUAGGAAUUUGAUUCUCUCCCAAUUGAAGAAUUAGCUUUGGUGGGUGCAUCUUGUAGGUGAAUACAUUACUUGAAUUGAAUUGAACCCAGAAAUCAGAUUUUAUGAAUGAAUAUAUGGUUUGGUGGUUUAAUGAGGAAUCACCAUUGGCAAA